UUCGAGUGACCAAUCAGCACAGCCCUUCCAUAGCCCGCCCCCUCGACACAAUGGACGGGACUUCUAUUCUGCCUGUAGAGGACGCAGUUCUCCCUCAAAUAUAAAACCAGCCGAAGACUGGAAAACUAUAUAACUCACAAUCCAUCAGGCCUCGACGCAGGCGCAUAAAUUUGCUGUUGUUUUUACUGUGUGGCGGGAUCUAAGACGAAGAAGAAUAGGAAGAGGAGGGAUGAGUACUGUGGAGUGAAAGGAAGGUGCAUUGUGGCCUCAUCUACACUGACCAUUUAAUGCAAGUCCUUUCCACAGAGCUAUAUAAUCCAGAAUAUCCCACAAUACCUGCUUUGAAUUGGGUUAUUUGAGUCCACACUGCCAUAUGUUCCAGUUCAAAGCAGAAAAGGUGGGAUUUUAUUCAGCUGUGUGGAAGGGGCCCCAGUUUCAAAUUGGUUCUGCAAAUGAUUCCAUAGGAUAUCUGGAACCGGUUUGUGGCCCAGAUGGUGUUUACACAAACCCUUAAAACACAUUAAGGGUUUUAUUUUGCAUGCUUUUGUGGGAUUUUGUGGCUUCAAACUGCAUAAAAUGGUCAGUAUAGCUGGGGCCAAGUAUGGGACCUCCACUGUAUUGUCUCUCGCAGUCAAUUGCUGAGAAAGAAGAAUGAAAAUGUGUGCCUUUCUGUGUGCAUUUGUGUUUUUGGUUCCCUUCUCUGUAAGUUUCCCAGACUGUUAGCUGGGGUCCACAGUUGACUGUAGAGACCUACUUUUAAUUCGCAUGUUUUUUCGUGGGGAGGACACCGAUUUCCAGAUGGAAGACAGUGCUAUCAAGAGUUGGGUUGACGAGCCUUCCUCCUGACACAUUUCUCCCAUUCGCCCACUAUUCAUACCUCCUCAAAAUCUGUAACACUGUUGGUAACAGCUAACUUCCAGUUAAAAGCUCAAAAUGCCAGAACUUCCCAGUUCUCCAUGUCUAUGCUACAUUUUUAAAGUUUAACUUUAAGCCCAUCUUUAAAUCUGGGGAGACAGUGAUCAGCCAUUCGGACAAUGUGGUCAGUCCAGCUAAGUUGAUGCCAGAGAAUUAUCGCUUUAGGUCUGAUGGUCUUUGCUUCUUCCAGAACACUGGUCUUUGUCCACCCAUCUUUCCGAGAGAUUUGCAGGAUUUUUCGGAUACAACACUAAUGGAGGCAUUCCAGAAGUUGGGUGUGAUGUCUGUAGAUGGUCCAUGUUUCACAAGCGUAAAACAGGGAUGGGAGAACAAUAGCUUUAUGAACAAGCAUCUUAGUAUCCCUAUGAAUGUCCUGAUCCUCAAACACUCUCUGCUUUACUCGAAACAAUGUUGAGCUCACAGAGCUCAGACAGUGUUGUAUUUCAGCGUCAAUGUCUGAGGUGGCUACCAAGGUAGCGGAAAUGGUCACAAUUUUCUAGUGUUACACCAUUAAGCUUUAUUUCUGACAUUGCAGAGGGGUUGGUUGAUGUCUGAUGGUACAGCACUUUGGUUUUUUCAAUGUUCUGUGAGGCCAGGCUUUUCACAUGCUUCUGCAAAACGUGUUUAAGGUGGCUUUGAAUGGACACAGACUAUAUUAUCAUCUCUAACAGAAGUUGUUAUGUCCUUUUGGCUUUCAAUUUGCUAAGAUUAAAGAGCUUUCCAUGUUUCCAAUAUGUGAUUUCCACACUGGUGGGAAGCUUCCCAUCAACAAGGUGUGGAAUUAUAACUAUGAAGAUGGAAAAUAAGGAUGGGAUAAUAAUGCAAAGGCCUUCAAAUUGCCUGUUGACUUAUCCUGACCCUAUACAUUUCAGAGGCUUUUCUUAUGCAAUGAAUCCUCAGGUGAUUUUACCAGUUCCUUCCUCUGAAAUACAGUCUACAGUACCUCAUAUUGGUUGGUGGUCUCCCAUCCAAGUAUUGACUGGAGGUGAUCCUGCAUAUUACCUAAGAUCAGAUACUAUGUCUACACAUUUUCUCUUUAUACCAAUAGUAAAGGUGCUUAAAGAAAUGCAAUCUUUCACCUAAUUUGCCCUCUUGUGAUAACCUAAGUGCUACUCACCCAGCCCGCGAAUAGGAAACACAGUGUCUCCUUAGGCUUUCCUCUUCUUAUCGUUUGCUUUAAUUUUUUGAUUUAUUUCUAAGAGUGGAACAAUCAGUAAGUGAUAUUCAUUUGUUUCUCGUGUUGGGUGUUGCCUCGCUUUGAGAUCACUCUUGUUUCAAAAAUACGACACUGCUCUGUUCUAAUUUUCCAGAGUCCCUAAUCUGCUUCCAGGUUCUUAUUGAUGUAGUCACUAAUAGGAUUGUUGGUAUUAAUUUGGAAAUAAUGCCAGCUACAUGCUUGGUGGCUAUUGGCAGAGGAGGUGACCUUGCAGGUCACCUAAGCAGCACUAGAAAUGCUUUGAUCUAAUCUAUAGCAAUCCAGAGACAGCUAUUCUAACAAGAGCGGCUGGUGAGGUCUCUCUGUGUAUGGGAUGCUGAUUUGCUUCCAGAGAUCACCGGGGAAAGCAUGGCAGUGGGCUUUGAUGCGAUGUUGGCUCGGAUCAAGGAUGUGUGUAAAAGAAAUGGUUUACUUAUUCUCUCGGUCCUAUCCGUCAUCAUUGGAUGCCUCCUCGGAUUCUUCCUCAGGACCAGGCGCCUCUCCCAACAGGAAAUUAGUUAUUUCCAGUUUCCUGGAGAACUGCUGAUGAGAAUGCUGAAAAUGUUGAUUCUACCUCUGGUUGUUUCAAGCUUAAUGUCUGGGUUAGCAGCUCUUGAUGCCAAGACAUCUAGUCGAUUAGGUAUCAUUACAGUCACUUACUAUCUCUGGACUACUUUUGUGGCUGUUGUUGUGGGCAUCGUCAUGGUCUCCAUCAUCCAUCCUGGUGGGGCAGCCCAAAAGGAGAACACUGAGGAAAGUGGGAAGCCAAUCAUGAGCUCAGCCGAUGCAUUAUUGGACUUAAUUCGGAAUAUGUUCCCUGCAAACCUUGUUGAGGCCACUUUUAAACAGUACCGAACCAAAAGCAUCCCUAUUGUCAAAGCUGAGAAGGUAGUAUCUGACAGCACCACUCGCCGAAUAAUAAUCUAUGGGGUCCAAGAUGAAAAUGGAUCUAACAUCCAGAAUUUUGCCUUGGAUAUCACACCACCGCCAGAAGUGAUUUACAAAUCAGAGCCAGGCACCAGUGAUGGCAUGAAUGUGUUGGGCAUUGUAAUAUUCUCUGCUACUAUGGGACUAAUGCUAGGCAGAAUGGGUAACAGCGGAGUUCCCUUGGUCAGUUUUUGCCAGUGCUUAAAUGAAUCUGUCAUGAAGAUAGUGGCUAUUUCUGUAUGGUAUUUUCCAUUUGGAAUAGUGUUCCUAAUUGCUGGUAAGAUCUUGGAAAUGGAUGAUCCAUCAGCUAUUGGGAAGAAGCUUGGCUUCUAUGCCAUUACUGUUGUGUGUGGCCUGGUGGUCCAUGGUCUUUUUAUUCUGCCAAUGAUGUACUUUUUCAUCACCAAGAAGAACCCCAUUGUCUUCAUCAGAGGGAUUCUUCAAGCCUUGCUUAUUGCUUUGGCCACAUCAUCCAGCUCAGCCACUUUGCCUAUAACCUUCAAGUGCUUGUUAGAGAAUAACCACGUGGACAGAAGAAUUGCCAGAUUCGUACUCCCCGUGGGGGCCACAAUCAAUAUGGAUGGGACUGCCCUUUAUGAAGCAGUGGCUGCCAUUUUCAUUGCUCAAGUAAACAAUUAUGAACUGGAUUUUGGACAGAUCAUCACCAUAAGUAUCACAGCGACGGCUGCCAGCAUAGGUGCAGCUGGGAUCCCACAAGCUGGCCUUGUGACCAUGGUCAUCGUUCUGACAUCAGUGGGUCUGCCUACAGAUGACAUAACUCUAAUAAUUGCUGUUGAUUGGGCGUUAGACAGAUUUCGCACAAUGAUCAAUGUUUUAGGGGAUGCUCUUGCAGCUGGAAUAAUGGCACAUAUCUGCAGAAAAGAAUUUACCAAAGAUGGAACUGAGGUGCCUUUGAUUUGUGACACAAAACCCAUUAGUAUCCACCAGAUCAUGUACCAGAGAAAUGGUUGUGUGAAAAGCAUGAAUGAGCCACAUGGAUCUGAGUCAUCAAAGUCAAUACACCAUCACAUACCUAUCCAAGUGGAGGAAGAAGAAAUUCCCACAGACACUCAUACAGAGAAAUGCUGCAGUAAAGACCACUGUACUAUUGAAAUCAAUGAAUUGGAGACCAAUGUGUAGCUGUUACUUCUGCUGUUGUCAGAAACCUAAAGACUACCUCAUAGCUGGAGUUGGGAGUCAGCCUCUUGCCUUGAAUAGGAAAGCAUGGAAUGACUGCAAUAUACAAACUGAGGCUGUGAGGCCAGCUGUGAACAUCUGAGAAGAAGAAAAACGGUUGGGACUUUUUCAGUAGGCAGGUUGGUUUUGAUAAAACAAAAAUGAAAAAGGAGUGGUUUUCUUUGGACAAGCUGAUGCAAUUGCAUCUCCAAUGCACUUCAAAAAUCCCUGAUCCCAACAAUUUCUUAGUGGUCACAUUCCUUUCAUCAUACUGAUAGUGAAGAUAACCCUUCGGUAUUCAAUAAUGCCAUGUUUGACUAUAUGUAGCUUCAAAUUGACUUGUCAUAAUUGCACUUACUUUUUAACCUCAAUCAAUGAAUAUUUUACAUUUAUUUGGUUGACAUAGCAGUAAAUUGAAGAGAAAUCUAUCUUAGCCAUAGUUUAGGAUAUUAUUUCCUAUUUGGAAAAGAAUCUUAUUUUUAUAUGUCUAACCAACUGUAAUGGAGAAAAUCCAGUUUAGUCCCAACUAGAGUAAACUUGUUGAAGUAAAUGGUAUUUACAUUAGCAUUGACUAAGAAAUUGCAUUUAUUUCAGGGAGUCUACUAUAGAGGAUUUAUCUCAAUUUUUGAACCAACUGCAGCUGUGACUGAGCCAGAGUAGUUUAUGAUUAAUGUUAAAUAUAGCUUAUUGAAAUAAAUCAGCACCACACAAUUGCUAUUUGUCUUGGCUUAUUUCAAUAAACUAUAGUUAACACUAACCAAAGUUUCUUAAUUGGUCAGAACAAAUAACAGUGGCUUUGUAAAGAAAACAUGUAGAAGCUUAAAAUUUCUUCUCUGGGACUCCUUCAAAGGAGAAAAUGGGAUUAUGUAGUGCAUAAUUCACUGCUCAUAUACUGUAAUGUGUGAGUCGGAAGCUGGGGUUCACUGUUCCUUGUGAAUUCAGCCAAAGUUGCCAUGUGACAAUUACUCUUGGUUGCAAAAUUACAUAUUAUCAAAUGUUCUAUUUCAAUAAUCAGUGUAUCUAAAUACUGAUUGCAUAGCUCCAUACCUUUCAGUUAAACUCUAAAUAGCUCUUCUUCUCUAAUUCUGUUGAUGCAACAAUAAUGUAAGUAUUGAUAAAACAUAAAAAGAGUUGCGUACAUUAGAGAUUCUCAAAACAUUGACAUUUGUACAAAAAAAGUUGCAACCAACCACAUUUGUUACUUGGUUAGGGUUUUGUUUUUCAAUUUUCUAAAGCAUUGAAUGUUUUUUUUUUUUGGGUCACUUUUGUUGUUAUCUCCCUUGAGAACUAAUAAGAGUUCUGAUUAAGGAGUUUGCUAUUUGAAGGAGGUCUCAUUUUGGGAGAUUUUUUCUUGGGUAGUAAGCCACCGUCUACAAAUAUCCCAUCAUUUUUGCCUUCCAAGUGCCAGAUACAUGCUUCUUUUUCAUUCUUCCUUCCAUCCAAGCCCUAGCACUAUAGGAAUUAGUCUGGACAAUGAGAACCCAUGGUGCUAAAGAAGAGUACAUAAUGUUCUCUCACUUGUAUAGACUGUACAUAUUGUGAUCUUUACUCGCCCGGUUUUAUUAAUAUAGACUUUGUGCUUCGGUACCAGACUAAACACAGGCUGGGAACCAAUUUUAACUUCAUUUUAAUAUUGUUCCUUCAUAAGGUUCCAAUUAUUUUUAUCUGUAGACUUGUGUCUCUGAAUUAAAACCAUAUUUAUAUCUCCCUCGCACCCACUCGAUCAGUCUUUACCCUGGGUGGCCUUCCUUUAGGUCCUAUCCAAAUGUCCAGACAUAUAUUCCUGUGCUUCCAAUAAGGUGGUGGCUUCAUUUGAAGUUGGAACAGCAUGAUGUAGGGGACAAGACACAGUGCUUCAGUGGUUGAAUAGACUGUGCCAAUUUCACAGUCUAUUUGCUGAACAUAGAGGCCAAGACACCUCUACUGUGAGGGUGUAAAUCUUUGGAUUGAGAUUGAGGGGAUCCACAUUCAAUCUGGAAACACAUCGGCUAGAAUUGGGCCAUUUGCUUUUGCUCAGUGAGUCCACCAUCCAUCACAAGGGUGUCUGUGAUGAUGAUAAAAUAGGGAAAUGGGGAUGACACGUGCCACCACAAUGGUAUUGGAAGAAAGCCACAAUAAAAUAUAGUAAGUAAAUAUUUGGUAAGUGUAGUUUUCAUUUGAAUUCUGUGUUCCAAUGUACACAUGCCAGAAUUCUCUGCUAUGUAAAUCUUUUUAAAGUACAUGAACCUCUUUCUUUCUUUUUUGGUCUUGGGCAGAAUUGCAAAGAAGCUACUUAGGGUUAUAGACAGUGCCCAUCAUCAGCAGAGACCGAUGUAGGUAUGCAUUUUGGGACUGUGUCUGCAAGUGAUAAUUCUUUGGGGCGCCAUGUUUGUUCCAGAACACUGGGAACAUGGCUUCUUCUGGAUCUGAAAGGUAUUCUCCUGUUCAGUGCCUGCUUUGCAGAAGGGACAUGGGUCAUGGAAGAUGUCUUUCUGUUCAGUUUGCACGCGACUUCACCCAUUGAUCUGCAUGCCCUUGUGCAUUCUGUUUUCUCCUCUUUCUCCUACCUUGGAUUCUGCUACUCAGUACAUUGGCAAUUUGCUGUUCUCUCGCCCCUGCCUUAUUCCUUCACUGGAGAGAGGAAGAGAGUUUUAUGUCAUACAGUUCUGAGAAAAAGCCACAGAGCCAUUUGGAGGAAAGGGGAACAGUUCUGUCAUCUCCACCAUAUGCAACUGAUUUGAUUUUGAUUGGAAUUUGUUCUGGUUGCUGGCUUUUGUUUUCUAUGCACACACACUCUCACACACAAAUGGCUGGGCGACUUGAGUGUUCUCGUUCUCUUGCUCUCUCCUGUCUUCCUCUCUUGAAUCCUUAAAUUAUAAAAUAACCCCACAGUAUUAACAGUUAUCAAACAAUGUAUUUAUUAUCUGUGUUUUUGAUGGAAAAUGUUUUUAAUAAACAUGCCAUUGUGAAACGUG